AUGGCCUCGAUGGACCCAAUGUCUCCACACAUCCUGCGCAACGUUAUUGACGUGUGUAUUGUUGGCGCUGGCCCUGCUGGGCUAUCCGCGGCCUUGACUCUUGGAAGAGUUGUUCGAAGUGUUGUUGUUCUCGAUACUGGAGUUCACAGAUACGGAGCUUUGAGUGAGGCACAUCUUCCUGGCGACAACGAUGAGGCGGCCUUGAUACGAAGCGGCAUGAGAGCAGAGGUGCAGAGGAAGUAUAAGACGAUCACGUUCGCAAAGGCUGGGGCCAAGAACAUCCGCAAGAUAGGUCCUAUCUUCGAGGUGGAGGACGACACAGGCCGGUUAUGGAAAGGGAGGAAGGUUAUUUUGGCCACCGGGUGCAAAACUGUAGCCCCAAGCAUACCGGGGUAUACGGAGUCGUGGGGGAGAGGAAUCUUUGAUUGCCUACAUCGCCGAGGAUUCGAGCACUUCGGCGUUUCAAGUGCCGCUGUCCUUGUCACACCUUCUUCGAAGUCUUGGCUGCCUGACGCGAUGUCACACGCUCGGUUGGCCAAACAAUUUUCCACGAAGGUGUCAAUAUUGACCAACGGACUGGAGGCUUCGAAUGAAAUACUAGAAGCAGCAGAAAGCCAGAACUUCAGGAUUGAAAAGCGAGAGAUUCGAAGGUUGAAGACUGUAGGAUAUGGGGAUGACUCUUCAAUGGCCGUUGAGUUCGAAGACGGAUCAACCUCGUCAUUUGGAUUCUUGUUCCACAAGCCUGAAACUAUCUUCAGCGGGGAUUUUGCUGCCCAGCUAGGUUUACAGAGUACGGAAUCAGGGGAAAUUCUGAUUUCCGGCACAAUGCAGGAGACGAGCGAGAGAGGCGUAUUCGCUGCGGGCGACUGCGCCUCCCCUGUGAAGCAAGUUUCUGUUGCGAUGGGAGCGGGCUCUGUCGCUAGAGUCGGUGCCAACGCGCAGAUUUUGCAGGAUGAUUACGAGCAGCCUUGGUGA